AGUGCACUGUUCAACUGCUGAAGUCUCGUCAGUGCCCAUCAAAGCCUCACACCCAGAUCCCAACAAGCCGGGUAACCAAGCUGCAAGUUCUCAAGAAUCGACCCUCGCAGCCUUCCCUCCAGAGCCUCAAAAAGGUUUCGUUUCACAACCUUCAGGAGAAGAAACAGCUUCUGCACUCGCUAUCAGCUCCUACUACUGUGCUCGCACACUACUGGUACUGCUACACUACUACUACGCCACUGCUGUCACUAUCCCCUAUACCUUGCCUCUCCCCGCAACCAAACAAAUUGCCUCCAACGGGAUAACACACACAAAAAUGUCGGAACCUAUACCAGAAUCAAUUCCGACUUCUUUCGACCGCCGUUCUCACCGUCCUACAAAGCGCAGAGCUCUCUCCCCUGUGUCGGUGCACGCCGCAACUCUUACGGCCCUUUUCGCAAAACCUGAUCGUGAGAUACACAUCCCGAAACCCGGUGCUCCGAAAGCGCUCCCUCCCCCGCCUGAAAUAGUCGCCAAUGUUCAAGGCUCUUCGGCUGGGGCCGGAUCCGGUGAGUUCCACGUUUACAAGGCUGCUCGGAGACGCGAGUACGAGCGGAUCAGAUUGAUGGAAGAAGAAGUCAAGCGGGAGGCGGAGGAGAAAGCGUUCAGGGAAAGGGCUGAGGAGUUGAAAAAGAGGGACGCUGCGAAAACCGAAAAGAACAGGAGGAGAAGGAGAAAACUGAGAGAAGGGAAAGCAGCAGCUACGGCCGCUUCAAAGGAUUCCGAGAUGUUUGAGAUUGAGAAGAAGGGCUGUGAUUUAGAGGCCACGGGCGGCAUUGCGGAAGUGGAUGGACCUGUAGCCGAGGUGAAUGGACUAGUUGUUCACGAUGAGGAUGAUUAGGCACGCCAAGCCUUUGAAUCCUACUCCUGCACUCUGGCUUUGGUGGUGGUGUUGGACCUGUCGUUUUCCCGUUGCGUGUAUUAAUACCCCAUCUACCAUUGCAGCCCUAACUUUUUUUUAAUACUCCUUUUACUAUAUAUUUGCCUCCCUUUCCCCUUCCCCACUUUAACCGGGUAUUUCGUUUGUUUAGGAUUUCAUCUUUUUUGGAGAAGAAACAGCCCUUCCGAGAGGCUGCCAUUGACAUGGAGUCUUUUAUGGAGUCUUCUUUUGUCAUUCCCCCCCUUCGCAGUAUGUAUUAUAAUUGCAAUGGUUCUCGGAUCUCACUCU